CUCAACUAUCGAGUUAUCGGUCUGCCGUGCGGUUGAAUUUCGUGUUUUGUUCGUUUCGAAGGGCAAAAUUGCACAAUAUUCUGAUUUAAUUUAACUCAAACAGCUUUAAUUAACACAAUGGCUGCUCAAUUCUUCAAUCGCAUCGGCCAGCUUGGUCUUGGAGUGGCGGUGCUGGGAGGCGUCGUGAACUCGGCGUUAUAUAAUGUGGAAGGCGGACACCGGGCGGUGAUCUUCGAUCGCUUCACCGGCAUCAAGGAGAGUGUGGUCGGCGAGGGCACACACUUCUUCAUUCCGUGGGUGCAGCGGCCCAUCAUCUUUGACAUUCGCUCCCAGCCCCGCAAUGUUCCAGUCAUUACGGGCAGCAAGGAUCUGCAGAAUGUCAACAUUACGCUGCGUAUCCUGUACCGACCCAUUCCCGACCAGCUGCCCAAGAUCUACACUAUUUUGGGCCAGGACUACGACGAGCGUGUGUUGCCCUCUAUUGCGCCCGAGGUGCUGAAGGCUGUGGUUGCCCAGUUCGAUGCCGGCGAGCUGAUUACCCAGCGUGAGAUGGUAUCCCAGCGCGUUUCCCAGGAAUUGACUGUGCGCGCCAAGCAGUUCGGCUUCAUUCUGGACGACAUCUCGCUCACACACUUGACCUUCGGACGGGAAUUCACGCAGGCUGUGGAGAUGAAGCAGGUGGCCCAACAGGAGGCGGAGAAGGCUCGCUUUGUCGUGGAGAAGGCCGAGCAGCAGAAGCUGGCCUCCAUCAUUUCAGCGGAGGGUGAUGCCGCUGCCGCCGAUCUGUUGGCCAAGUCAUUCGGCGAGGCCGGCGAUGGUCUGGUGGAGCUGCGUCGUAUCGAGGCCGCCGAGGAUAUUGCCUACCAGCUAUCGAGGUCCCGCGGUGUUGCCUACUUGCCCAGCGGACAGAGCACGUUGCUCAACCUGCCGUCGACCAUUGCACAGUAGCUGGGUGCAUCACCUAGUUCCGUUAAGUUGUAACUACCUACAUAUAGCAUUUAACUAAGUACUUUUCGAUUCUUGUUUCUGCUGAAAUAUGCACUUCGACUGACUGAGAUUGUGGAGAAAAUGAAGCGAAACAACCAAAAUUUGUCCCCUGUAAACGGUUCUAUUUCAUUCUCUUCCCGAUCGGGGUCGAUCCUCGGUCCUCUGUGCGUGCUCCGCUUGCGGCUCAACGUUUGUUGUACCCUCCGUUGUCUGGGUCGUUCGGGGGCGCGCUUCCAACUGAUUUGGUCCCUAAGAUCUGGAUCUCUGGCUAACCAGUGUGUGUGGAACACAAAGAACAAAUUUGAUUGUGAACCGUAAACAAUAAAAUUUAAACCACAAA